CAACAGGCCUUGAGCAGGUAAGGUCACGUGGUCUCGGACGCGGCGGGACAAAUCAGUGAAGCAGCUGACGAUCUGCAGCUUCCCCUUCAGUCGGAGGCGGGGGGGUCAGAGCGGACAUUGAUGGGGGAGUUCCGGCGCCUUGUGGAGGAGCUGCUGGCUCUUUGUCUCUCGAGGAUCACUAUGGAGGAGAACGCCAUCAGCUGUGAUCUGAGCCUGGCUGAGGUGGCGAAGACCUGCGAGGCGAUGAGGAAGCAGUGGCUGCACGCCGAGCUGGAGAUGAAGAAGUACAAGGAGCUGCUGGUGAAGUCCGACGUGGCCAAAGCCGCCCUGGAGGUCAAACUGAAACACGCCCGGAACCAGCUGGACGUGGAGAUGAAGAAACGCUACAAGGUCGAAGGAGACUACCAGUACCUGCAGAGGCAGAUGCAGCUGAUGUGCGACAUCCUGGUCCACGACAGUAAGUCCAGCGCCUGUCUGAACGAUGAACAGAAAUCUCUUCUGGCUACGUUUGAACACAAGGGAGCGAACAUGACGCUGCACAAGAGCAGCAGACGGUUGUCCGUGAUUGACGAGUCAUCUUUCCUGUCUCACUCUGAUAUCAGCUACGAUCGGACCGAUGACGACGUGGACCUGGACACAACAGUGAUCAAACCCCUGAGAUCCAGAGCCAGAGAGAGAAGGCGCUCGUCCAUGGGGCCGGCUGUCGGCGCUCUGGCUGGGAAGCGAGGGAGGAGCGGGAACAUGUCGGCAGAGCUGCUGGAGAGAAAAACUGUGGACAAGGAAGUGGAGACGAUAGUGAAGGCGUCCGUGAUGACCCCUGAGACCGGAGGGCAGAUCCACAUGGUGGUGGGAAUCACCCAAGAGAGCCCUGACCCCCCAUCCCGGACCGUCACAAAGGAGUGUGCUAUCUCCAUCGGAGGAGGAGACCAAACCUCUGUGUGGUUUCCCUGUGAUGAACCGGAGCCUGAAACUGAAGCAAAGAAGGUGGAGAGCUCUGCAGUCAGAGCGCCGUACACCUGCAGAGCUGAGAAAACCCUGAAACAUGUCUUUCUUUCUAAAACGGUGAUCCGGCCGGAGACGUGCUUGCCGUGCGGGAAGAGGAUCCGCUUUGGGAAGAUGGCGUUGAAGUGCAGAAACUGCCGCGCUGCCAUUCAUCCAGAGUGCAAACUGAAAUUCACUGACGGCUGCUCGGCCACCGCUCCGGCAGGAAGUUUAGCUCAGCAGAACUCAUUGGAGGCGUUUGCUCCAACAGCCCCCCCCAGAGUACCUCGGCUGAUUGUGGACUGUGUGACAGAGAUCGAGCGGCGGGGGCUGGAGGAGAGAGGACUGUACAGAGUUCCUGGAGGGGAGCGUCUGGUAAAGGAGCUCAGAGAUCGGUUCCUCCAGGGGAAAACUCCGCUCAUGCUCGGUAAAGUCCAUGACGUCCAUGUGCUGUGUGGACUUCUGAAAGACUUUCUGAGGAAGCUGAAGGAGCCUCUCAUCACCUUCAGACUGCACAGGACCUUCAUGGAGGCUGCAGAGCUGGCUGAUGAAGACAACAGCACUGCCAUCAUGUACCGGGCCAUAGCCGAGCUGCCGAAGGCCAACAGAGACACGCUGGCCUUCCUCAUGCUUCACUUACAGAAGGUGAUGAAGAGCCCCAAGUGUCAGAUGGACCACAAUAAUUUGGCCCGGGUGUUUGGACCAACUCUAGUGGGACACGGGAUGUCCGAGCCGUCUCCGACCACCAUCAUGAGAGACACCAACACUCAGCCAAAGGUUAUUUGCUGCAUGUUGUCCCUCCCUGAAGUCUACUGGAGACGUGUCCUCUCCUCCCAGAUGGAUCAGAUCCCGUCUUCGUCCUCCAGCACUACGACCUACAGCCAGGAUGACGGACACGGUCGGCUGUUUAGGCCUCUGACGUCUCCGGAGCUGAACAGCAACUAUAAGACUCCCAGCAGAGCAUCUGUGAGAGGCAGGAUCAUGAACCUGGGCAACACUGUCUCCAGCACGGGCCGAGCAGAACCGGGGAGGAAGUUCUUCACGUCCCCCAGCUGAUCAGAACAGAGUGAACCUGGACACAGGACGCACAGCACGUCGUACUGCUAGUUUACCUCUGCGUACCAACAGGAAAUGAUGUAAUCUGUGAAAGAAAGCUUUGCAUUGUGGGAGAAUAGUGAUCAUCAUUAGUGGUGUGUGUGUGUGUGUGUGUGUGUGUGUGUGUGUGUGUGUGUGUGGAAGAUGUUU